GAGACAGAGAGCCAGAGGGGGAAAAAGAAAAUAAUAAUAAUACAAAAAAAGGAAAACCAAAAAAGAAAAAAAAGAAAAAAAAAAGAAACCCACACAAAAGGCUACUUACUGUUUUGUGUGGCCACGGACCGGCGCGGGGAGCCGCCACCGGGGCCCCCAAACAAUAACUAACCUUGUUCCUGGAUCCCGCGGCCCGAAACCCCCCGACCGACUAUGUCCCCGGUUGAGGGCACCGCGGAGCCUGUUGCUGUUAAUGGCGGUGGUGAUGGCGGCGCCGUUACCACCGCCGCAACCCCAGCCGCAGCCGCAUCCGCUUCUGCGCCUCUACCGGUCGCGAGGCGCCGGACGCAUCGAAAAUCGAGGCACGGAUGUGCCUACUGUAAAGGAAGGAGGAUAAAGUGCGAUGAGUUGAGGCCGGCAUGUUCCAACUGUGUUAUUCGUGGGCUUGUCUGCAGCCUGAGCGCCACUGUGGCACCGGUAUCCGACGGUAAUGGAUCAGGUAACGACGGUAAUGGCCCGUUGUCCUCAACAUCUGAGGUUGGGCCAUUAUCUAGCCUUAUAGAUAGCUCUUCCGCCGCCGCCGUCCAGCAACUGCCCCUGCCACCAUUACCGCCGACAACCGUACGCUCACCUCCGCAAAGGCGAUCAUUUGGCCUAUUUCCCCUAGCCACUAGGAAUCUCGGCGCUCUCGCCAUGGCAGCAACAAGCCCCCAUGCGGCUCUCGAACAGCAGUCGGCAUCAUCUGUCACACCCACAGGGCCUCACCAGCAGCAACUUCCUCCAGUCUCGCCCUACCAACAAACCCCUUACACCAGUAUCAGCAGUGGACUUCCCAUGAUGACCGGUGGCCUGGACUAUGACGACCUCCAUCUCCUCCACCACUUCGUCACGUUUACCUCCAAAACGUUUGGUAACGCUCAUAUCAUCCAGCGCUUUUGGGCUACCACUGCCCCGGAGGUCGGCUUUCAGCACCAUUUCGUCCUGCACGCCAUACUGGCCGUUGCAGGUCUUCACCUAGCACAACUGAGCGUCCCAAACUCUGCCAAGCGCCAACAUAUACGGCGCAAGGUUGACCACCACUGGGAUGUGUCUCUUCGACUUGCCACCCCGUUGCUCGGCGACCUCAACGCCGACAACUGCGAUGCGUUAAAUGUGUUUACAGGAUUGACGUGUAUAUACAUAUUCGCCCGCGGCCCUCAACCAGGAAGUUAUCUUCUAUUCGACGCCGAAAGCCCCGUUCCAGGAGGAGGCAGUGCAGAGACGCUUAUCGCGAACGGGCCACUCAACGGGAACGGGCUGAGCGAGGGUAGCGCAGUGGCUGCCGCAGCCACCAGGGGCAUAAGCACGACUGAGGAGUGGCUCGUGUUUUUCCGAGGCUUGCGGUCCGUCAUGAAAGCAACCGAGACUGCCCGCCGGGCCAAAACGGGGCGCAGCAUGAGCUCGGUCAGCGACGACCAGCCGUGGGGUUUGAUGGAUCAGAUGUUCGGUCCAGACGACGUCAUGACGGAGGAGGACCUCGACGAGCUCCAGGCAGAAGACCAGGUCAUGAGCGAGCCCGACGUGGAGCAGAGGAUGAUGCACGACGGCAGCUCGGAGCGACGCUCCAGCAUGGCUUCAGGCAGCCAUCAGUCGUACCACCGCCGCCGUCGCGAUCCCUUGGCCGACGGCGGUUUCGCGACCCGCAGCACUCCGAUGAAGGACCUCCGCGACGUCAUCCGCCAGCAGAUCAGGGCAGACGACCCGGACCGCGAGGUGUACGCGUCGGCGUUUGCCGAGCUCGCGGCGUCGUACGCGACGGUCUUUGAAAAGGACAUGAGCACGCGGCAGACGAGCGCGCAGGUCGUCUUUGGCUGGAUGUACCACAUCUCGGACGACUUUAUCGAGCGCGUCAAGGCCAGGCACCCGGUCGCCCUGGCGAUAUUUGCGCACUUUGUCGUCCUGCUGAGCGUCCUCGAGCUCAAGUGGACGACCAAGGGCUGGCCUGAGCACCUUCUCUCGGGCAUCUACGACGCCCUAGGCGCGGCGGGGAGGCUUUGGAUACGUUGGCCCAUGGAGCGGGUUGGGUGGCUUCCUGGAUAGAUGGCUGAGUGGAAGGUAAAAAAAAGGAAAAGAAAGGGACAACCGACUGGUCGAUGAUUUUCACGAAUUCGGACAUAUGAAGUUUGGGGCUGGAUUUUGUAAUGGGGUUGGGCGAGAGAAUCCGGCGAACAGUACACAAACUAAGGGCACCACAGGCGGGCGCCUGGUUUGUAUCUUUGAGCUUUUUCCAGCAUCGGUCUUAUGCAGCGGCUGCUUGUGAUUUAGCUUUGCACAUAAUAAUACUCUGUCAA